AUGAACUUUUAUCAUUUACUCGUUUUCGCAGGCUUCCUGGCUUUUGUGAAUACCCUGGGGAUCAGCGACCAGGCCCGAACCUUUCUACGCAGGUCUCCUGCAUCUCCACGAAUCUUCCCUUAUCGCCAGGCAUCUAUCAAGAAGGCAAGACAAAUAAAUUUACCUAUACUAGGAUCUCCAACCGUUUCAUUCGGAUCAAGUGCUACCUCAACGGCUCCAGCCGCACCCCAGCCCCAAUCUAAUUCCAAACAAAGCUCUCGAUCCAAUUCGGCUCUCAGGAAGAAGUUAUUCACUUAUUUCCAAGAGUGUCAUGGAGGCGUGCGGGCUCAUGUUCAGAGGAUCAAAGGCAUUUGUUCGGGAAAAAUUACACAAGAAAGCGCCAAAAAGAUCUCUUGGGACUUAUUAGUAGAGCUUCAGGCCGUGCUGGCUCUUUGUCUCACUUGCCUGCGGAAAAUCAAGUCUUGCGGAUCAGCUCCAAUCCCAAGUAGUCGUCCCGGCGUCCCUGAAAAUCCACUAUCAGUGCACGACUUGGGGCAGAUGGUCUUUCAGCUCAUGGUUCAGCUCAAGAUUUGCUUUAGUGAGAUGAAUAGAGUCUGCUCUCGUUACGAAAUUAUCCGUACCACCUGCAGCGGUUGUUUGGUUCAGAUAUCCUCGACGGCUUCGAGUUGCUUGUCGGUUUCAGGUGCUCACAUCGGUGGAUUGCUCGUGACCGUGACAGGUCUAUUCGGCGGAAACCCCCUGUCUUUCUUUGGCUUACAUCAAUUCGGUCUUGAUUCAAUCAUAAGAAUUUUGAAAUAA